AAAAGAAAGAUAGAUUUGACAUACAGAGCAAUCUCCCCAAUCGUCCUCGUCCUCUCCUUAUCCAAUAAAACAGCACAGAGAUAGAACAACCAUUUGCUCAGCAAAAAGAAAGAAAGAUGUUGAGCAGUUUCUCCAUUGCCGCUGCUUCACCCACCAGCUUUUCCCCCUUCCCCAAAACCCUAAUUUCAAAAUCAUCAUCUUUCCACGGAAUUAAAAUAGCCCACUUUUGCCCACCUCGAAUUCAAUGCACUCGAGCUGUUCAAAUUGCUCCUGUGAAAAUGUCGAAAAAAGACGAAGAAUUGAAGGAGAUAAGGGCUUUGACUACCGAAGAGAUUCAAGAACAAGUUGUCGAUCUUAAAGGAGAGCUCUUUAUGCUCCGUCUUCAGCGCUCUGCUCGUAAUGAGUUCAAGUCUAGUGAUUUUCGUCGUAUGCGUAAAAGGGUUGCACGUAUGCUCACUGUUAGAAGAGAGAGAGAACUUGAGGAAGGUAUAAACAAGAGGUUGUCAAGAAAGCGUGAUCGGCAAUGGAAGAAAAGCAUUGUUGUUAGGCCACCUCCAUCUUUAAUAAAGUUACGAGAGGAAGAAGCAGCUGAAGAGGCAAAGGAAGCUUCUAGUGCAUAAGCUUUUACCAUUUGUAUGCUCGUGAAGUUGUUAGGCUGCCAUCUACCUAUUAAAUUUGUUUGUAUGGUAUGACUUGUCUUUUGUGGUUCAGUUAUAUGUAUUAGACUUGUUGAGCACAAUUCAUCAUAUUAAUACUCAGAAUAUGGAAAAAAGCAUUCAGAAGCAUUGUUAUUAUAAUCA